AGCUGGGAACGCUGGUCGUAGGAGGCGAGCGCGAGGCCUCGGGGCAUGCCUCUGUGCGCGAGUUAAGCCCCCUCUGCCUGUCCUUAGAGCCACCACCUGCCCUGUGACCAUGAUAGUGUUUGUUAGGUUCAACUCCAGCCAUGGUUUCCCAGUGGAGGUCAAUGCAGACACCAGCAUCUUCCAGCUCAAGGAGGUGGUUGCUAAGCGACAGGGAGUUCCAGCUGACCAGUUGCGUGUGAUUUUUGCAGGGAAGGAGCUUAGGAAUGACUUGACACUGCAGAACUGUGACCUGGACCAGCAGAGUAUAGUUCAUAUUGUGCAGCGGGCCCAGAGAGAUGAUCAAAGAGGAGAUGAAGCUGGGCAGAACAAUCCUGGACAUUCGAGGAGAGUCCCAAGUAGAGAACCUGAGAGCUUAACCAGAGUAGACCUCAGCAGCAGCAUCCUCCCUGCUUACUCUGUAGGCCUGGCUGUUAUUUUGGGUAAUGAGGAAAAGGAUGCAUCUCAUCAAACUGGAAAUUCAGCUACACCCACUUACAACAGCUUCUAUGUUUUCUGCAAAGGACCCUGUCAAAGUGUUCAGCCAGGAAAACUCAGGGUACGAUGUAGCACCUGUAAACAGGCAACACUGACCUUGGCCCAGGGUCCAUCUUGCUGGGAUGAUGUCCUGAUUUCAAACAGGAUGAGUGGUAUUUGCCAUUCCCCAGAUUGCAAUGGAACUGGAGCAGAGUUCUACUUUAAAUGUGGCGCACACCCAACUUCUGCCAAUGAGACAUCGGUGGCUCUGAACCUGAUUACAACAAACAGUCGCGGUAUCAGCUGUAUCACAUGUACUGAUGUCAGAAAUCCUGUGUUGGUGUUCCAGUGUAUCCACCGCCAUGUCAUUUGCCUAGACUGUUUCCAUUUAUACUGCGUGAUAAGGUUGAAUGAUCGACAAUUCAUUCAUGAUCCAAUGCUCGGUUAUUCCCUUCCCUGUGUGGCUGGCUGUCCAGACUCCUUGAUUAAAGAGCUUCAUCACUUCAGAAUUCUUGGGGAAGAACAGUACAACCGAUACCAAUGCUAUGGAACGGAGGAAUGUGUUCUGCAAAUGGGAGGAGUCCUCUGCCCCAGUCCAGGGUGUGGAGCAGGCCUACUCCCCGAACCAGAAGUCAGGAAGAUCACAUGUGAGCCAAGCAACGGUCUGGGCUGUGGGUUUGUCUUCUGCCGUGAUUGUAAAGAAGAAUAUCAUGAAGGGGAAUGCAGCAGCCUCUUUGAAGCCUCAGGAGCAACAGCCCAGGGCUUUAUGGUGGAUGAACAAGCUGCGGAAAGAGCAAGGUGGGAAGAGGCCUCCAAAGAAACAAUCAAGAAAACAACCAAACCUUGUCCCCGUUGCCAUAUACCUGUGGAAAAAAAUGGAGGAUGCAUGCACAUGAAAUGCCCUCAGCCUCAAUGCAAGUUUGAAUGGUGCUGGAACUGUAGCCUAGAGUGGAACCGAACCUGCAUGGGAGACCACUGGUUUGACGUCUAGCUCAGUAACAAAGAAGCAGGGACGAGCUUCACCAAUUGCCCUGAUGUAACUGGUAACAGCUCGGUUGGCCCAUGGACUCCUGCCAUUUUGAUAUUCUUUUUCACAUGAACCAAAAGAAUUAAACAUUAAGCUUCUUCCAAAAUUCACUCGAGACAAAUUAUGAUAGUAUGCCAUUUUUAGAUCCCAUUUUAAACACUCUUCUAGAGUCCUAUGAAUCGGAGCAAAGCUAAAUGUAAGACAAUUAAAUCUUGUUUACAAACCUCUGUAAACGCACAGAUACAACAGGGCAGAUUCCUAGUGGAAUUCAAGGAUUACCUGUGGAUUACCUGUCUCCUGUGAAUUUAAGACAGACUUGAAUUACUAUGUGAAUGCAGCCCUCUCAGGUUCCAUUUUAUAUACUUGACUUAUGAUUUUUUUUUUUAAUUAUUGUUAAAUGAGUCACUGGAAUGAUUGGAAGAGAUUGUUUGUGACUCAUUGUCAGUGACUCUGUUUUAGAUUGAUUAAGUGGGUAACCUUUUUUUUUUUGGGAAAAUGUGGCCACAGCUUCAAUACUAACACCUCCAUAUAAAUUCCCACAAUACCAUAAGCAGAAGUCAAAAAUGUUUCAGGGAAAAUUUUUGCUUGCUUUCAAGAAUAAGAGGGGCAGCUAGGUAGCGCAGUGGAUAAAGCACUGGUCUUGGAUUCAGGAGGUCCUGAGUUCAAAUAAGGCCUCAGACACUUGACACUUAACUAGCUGUGU